UGUUUUGGAGAUUACGGCAUUUGGUAUUUGGUAAAACAUUGGGAGUGUAUUGACAUUUGGUGGUAAGGCAUACCUUCUGGUUUUUCUGAUUUGUGAAAGUGACUUUCCAGAAUAUGCUUAGGAGAUUUGUAUGCAUUCCGUGACAACAUUUAACUCAUUUUCGACAUGUCAAACUUUCUAGUUAAUGUUACUAUGAGAAAUACUGAGUCGACAGGUACCGAAAGUAAUCUUCCAACAACUAUAACUUCACUCAGUUUUACAUCGGCUGAUAAGUUCGAGCCAGUACUGUUACAUCCUAUGGUUCUCUGUACAUUGUGUGCCAUUAAUAUUCUGACAAUAUUAGGGAACCUGUUGGUUAUGUUGGCAGUGUUCAAAGACAACCGUCUUCGAUCAAUCAAUACCAAUCUUAUUAUAGCGUCGUUGGCACUUGCCGAUUUUCUAAUUGGGGUUGUGGUCCUGCCGUCUGCCAUUUCCGUGGAAUACACAUCCGGAUACUGGUAUUUUGGAAGAAACUGGUGUGAUAUCUGGCACGCUAUGGAUGUGUUUUGUUGCACAGCAUCCAUUUUGAAUUUAUGUAUCAUAUCUUUGGAUCGAUAUUUGGCGAUAACAAACCCAAUUAGUUAUCGUUCAAAAAUGACAAAACGUGUUGCCUGUAUCUUGAUCGCGUUCGUUUGGGUUUGUUCGUCUGCUCUAUCUUUUCCGGCAAUAGUUUGGUGGAGAAAAGUGGACCCACCUUUUAUUGAAAAUCAAUGUAUAUUUACAAGAUCAACCUGUAAGCCAAAUGCGAGGGAUCCUGCUGGUACAAAGAACGUGACAAUAUCUUCAAGCGAUCACGAAAAAACUGUAAAUUUAAGAAUACAUCGUGGUGGAUUUGUGAGGAACAAUUUAACGAACAAUAUGAAGAGAGAACACAAAGCCACAAAAACACUAGGUAUUGUGAUGGGUAUUUUUGUUACCUGUUGGUUCCCGUUUUUUGUGACAAUUCCGUUGUUUGUUAUCUGUAUAAAAUGCAUUAAGUAUCCCCAAUUCAUUAUUCCAAUAAUGACAUGGCUAGGAUGGAGCAAUAGCGCCCUAAACCCGUUCAUUUACGCAUUUGUAAGUAGAUAUUUUCGGAUGGCAUUCUAUAAGAUUUUGUGCAGUGCGCAUUGCACUAAUAGGUAAAUAUCUCGUCCGCCUACAGUUAUUGCUGACUUAUCUAGACGGGUGAUAUAAAUGUACCGUAACAUUCGUGAAAGGUGAGGAGACUUCCAAUUAUCGACCGAUGGCCAAAUCUUGAAACUGAUCAUCAUGCUCCCCAAAAUCUAGACUUUAA